CAUGACACGCGCCACACGGAAGAAGCAGGAAUCAGCUGACGCAGCUUAAAGUUGCGGCUCCGCUGUGUUGUUAUCCAUUUGUGCCUGUCAUACGGCGACGAACGCGAUGGAGGACCAGGAGAUGCAGCUGAAGGUCAGACGAGUGUCUGACAAAUUCACGGAGAGCAUGUACGUGCUGGCUAACGAGCCUUCAGUGGCGCUUUACAGGCUGCAGGAGCACGUCAGAAGGUCGCUGCCAGAGCUGGCGCAGCACAAGACAGACAUGCAGAGCUGGGAGGAGCAGAGCCAAGGGGCCAUCUACACAGUGGAAUAUGCUUGUAGUGCUGUGAAGAGCAUGACGAACAGCACCGUGUAUUUCAAAAACGUGGACAGCCUCCUUCGGCAAGCCAUCAGCAUGAAGGAACAGAUAAACAGCUCUCAAGGACGCAGCUUACACGAUGUGACCCCUUCUCCCAGCCCCCUUGUCUCUGCUCCUCAUGCUCCUCAUGACAUCUGAACAGGUAUCCAAGGAAAAGGACCACGGACGCCAGCGCGCUAAAGGACGGGGGAGAGAAGCACGCCUCCGGGAUGUGACGUGGGCUGCUGCUGCUGCUGUCUUUGUAGUCCUUCGCCCCGCUUCCUGUUAUUGUGGCUGGAGUGGGGGUCAUGAGGACGACCACUCCUCUUCACAAUGGAGUGACUGCCGCCAGUGAUCCCCAGUACAAGCCGCUCAGUGGAACACAGAGCCGCGGCGCUGCCAGCUUCAGCAUUAAAAACACUUGAGCCGUGGCAGUCGCUCAAAGAAUGCAUUGUUCUCCUGGACUCGCUGGACGCACCAGAAAGCGGCACACGGUUGUUUUUGCCUUCUCUGCAGCGCCAGUGAUUUGACACUCGGCAUUCGAAUUACACAAACUUGCCACAAAAUACCCAAAAGUGUGCUUUGGGCAAUAACGGGCGUCUGGCUUUAAAUGGGUACAUUCACAUUCUUGAAAAAUACAAGCUGCUUUCCAUCACAUUUCCAUUUUUUUUAGUCUUACCUGCUAAGUAGACAGAAACCCCGAGGCAAAACAGUCCAAUAGCCACAUGUCGCACACCCCUGCUGUCCAGAAGAAACCAGUCUGCUCUGUGGAACCAGACACCAUCUGUUUAACGCCUUGUUUUAUUCUUUUAAAUAAAUGACAACUUCUGUUUCAA